AUGAGAAGGUAUAGUAUAAAGCUGAUCACACAAAUGCGGAGAUUCGUGAUUGGCCAAGCCAAAAAUCUUAUAGAUCAGACUCGUCGUCAACAUCAUCAUCACAAAAACCUCCGCCUUCUCUCUCUUCUUCCUCCUUUUUCUGCUGCUUCCGAUUCUACUACUCUUGUUUCUUCAUCGCGUCUCUUGUCUUCUUCCUCCGAGAUGUCUGCUUCUGAUUCCUCUUCCUCUCUUCCAGUUACUCUUGACUCCAUCAAUCCCAAGUAUGCUCGGCUGAAAAUUAUGAUUCACGAUUUGGUAAAGCGAAGAGCAUCGUUUAGAUUCUUCGCGAUUGUUAUUUUCGUUGUUUUGGGUGGGUCUCAGGUUCUCAAAUGUGAGUACGCUGUCCGUGGAGAAAUUGUCAACAUUGCGCAGAGGUUGCAAGAAGAGUUAAAGACUAACAAGGACGCUUAUCCCUUUGAUGAGAUUAUCUACUGUAAUAUCGGGAAUCCGCAAUCUCUUGGUCAGCAGCCUAUAACAUUCUUCAGAGAGGUUCUUGCUUUGUGCUCCCACACAGCCUUGUUGGACGAGAGUGCUACACAUGGUUUGUUCAGUUCGGAUUCUAUUGAGCGUGCUUGGAAGAUUCUCGACCAAAUUCCCGGGAAAGCAACCGGUGCUUACAGCCACAGCCAGGGUAUCAAGGGACUACGUGAUGCAAUUGCUGCUGGAAUCGAAGCCCGUGAUGGUUACCCUGCUGAUCCUAAUGAUAUCUUCAUGACAGAUGGUGCAAGCCCUGGGGUUCACAUGAUGAUGCAACUUCUCAUAAGUUCAGAGAAAGAUGGAAUCCUUUGCCCUAUUCCUCAGUACCCAUUGUACUCAGCUUCAAUUGCCCUUCACGGUGGAACUCUGGUUCCAUACUACCUUGACGAAGCAUCAGGAUGGGGUCUUGAGAUAUCUGAGCUGAAGAAGCAACUUGAAGAGGCUAGGUCAAAGGGCAUCACUGUUAGAGCCUUGGCGGUCAUUAACCCUGGUAACCCGACCGGGCAGGUUCUUGCAGAAGAAAACCAGCGUGACAUAGUUGAGUUCUGUAAGAAAGAGGGCUUGGUUCUUUUAGCUGAUGAGGUGUAUCAGGAAAAUGUCUAUGUCCCUGACAAAAAAUUCUAUUCCUUCAAGAAAAUAGCCCGGUCCAUGGGCUACGGUGAGAAGGAUGUCUCCUUAGUCUCAUUCCAAUCUAUCUCCAAAGGGUACUAUGGAGAGUGUGGGAAAAGAGGCGGUUACAUGGAAGUUACUGGAUUCACCUCUGAUGUAAGAGAACAGAUAUACAAAGUGGCUUCUGUGAAUCUCUGCUCCAACAUCUCUGGUCAAAUUCUCGCCAGCCUCGUCAUGAGCCCACCCAAGCCUGGUGACGACUCGUACGACUCAUACAUAGCAGAGAAAGAGGGGAUUCUCUCGUCUUUAGCUAAACGUGCAAAGACUCUUGAAGAAGCUCUGAACAAACUAGAGGGCAUAACAUGCAAUAGAGCAGAAGGAGCAAUGUACUUAUUCCCUUGCAUUAACCUUCCAAAAAAGGCGAUUGCAGCUGCAGAGGAUGCAAAGACAGCACCAGACGCGUUCUACUGCAAACGCCUCCUAAACGCUACUGGAAUAGUCGUAGUCCCUGGUUCUGGCUUUAGACAGGUACCCGGAACAUGGCAUUUCAGGUGCACCAUACUUCCGCAAGAAGAUAAGAUUCCGGCAAUUGUAAACCGUCUCACUGAGUUCCACAAGAGCUUCAUGGAUGAGUUCCGCGACUAA